AUGAAGUCGGCGGUCGUGCUGCUGCUUCUGGCUAGUCUCGUUGCCCUCGAGGCCUGCAAGGUCAACUUGAAGGUGAGGUCACAGACCAAGAAGCCCUUCCAGAUCCAGGUCUUCAUUCCAUCGUUGAAACAGAAGACUGAGAGGGUUACCUUCACUGGACCUGGAGAGAAGAAGGUAUUGGUGAGUAUUUUCUUUCAUUUUUGGAUUUUGUAUUGAUAAAGCAUUUUGUUUUCAAGAUUUUUAGGUAAUAAGAAACUAUUUUAAAGUUAUUUGAAUAGAUUUAACAUUUUGAAAAGCAAUGUUUUAAUAUUGACAUAUAACACCAUGGAUAAUAUAAAGGUUAAUAUAAAUCCCAAAACAUAAAAGUUAAUAUAACCCCAUUCCAGAUCCAAGGCGGCAACUGCAUGGACAAGAAGUGGGUGUUCAAGACCUGGAAGGAGGUCAAUGGAAAGUGGGUUGGAGCUGCCCAGAACUCGGGUAAACUCGGUGGAUCUGGCUGGAUUCGAGUGCUGGUCGAUGACAGACUCUUGCCUUUCGGCAAUGAUCGUUACGGCAUCGCUUGUUCUGAGGGAGCUGUCUGUGGAUAA